CUGAGCCUACCAGCAUCCCCAGGGUCCCUUGCCUGCCUUGCUCCUGCUGCUAGCUGCUCCUGUGGCUCAGUACCAGAGUCUCCUGGCUGGGAUCACAACCCUGCGAGUCAGCCCAGAGAAGAUCUGCUGUGUGUGGAACCUCCCAGUCUAUUCUCCUGUUUAGUCCUACUCUGUCUCAGUCUGCACUGACAACUCUCUGAGCUGCUUUUCCAUCUCCAUCAUCAUGGCUGUGGGUUCUGCUCCAUGGGCAGCCCCACUGGCCCUGGUACUUCUGGCAAUCACCCUGGUGGUGCCAGCCCUGGGAGGGUGUCCAUCCGCCUGCCGGUGCUCCUUCGCCAUGCUACAGUGCCUGGAGCCCAAUGGCAUUGCCACUAUACCCAUGUUGGCACUACAGGAGAGCGAGAAUGUCACGGAAAUUUACAUCGAAAAUCAAGCCGAGCUGGAGAACAUUACAGAAGUAGACCUUGCCAACUAUAGAGAGUUGAAGAAUCUCACGGUCACGUUCUGCAGGCUGGCGUACAUCUCGGCGAAUGCUUUCCAACACAACCUCAAGCUCCAAUAUGUAAACCUGGCAUCUAACUCCCUGGAGCAUAUCAGUUGGAAGGUGUUCCAUUUUCUUCCCCUGCUCAACUUGGUUUUGAGAGACAACCCCCUUGAGUGCUCCUGUGAUAUCCAUUGGCUGCAGCAAUGGCAGCUUAACGACCACAGUGACCUUGACAACCAACCGCUGCACUGCCUCUCCAAUGGCCAUGCCCGACGGUUGGACUCCUUAGUGAUGGAGAAUUGCACUGUACCAGAUGUCGCCAUUGUCCAUGCCAACACCAAGGUCCAGGAGGGGGGCAACCUGACAUUUGUGUGUCAGGUGACAGGAGUGCCUGUGCCUGUAGUGAGGUGGCGCACGAAUAAACUGCUAUCUCGCUAUACUGUACAGGAGAGGUUCUGGGGCUCCACUUUGGAGCUGCAGCUGCAGCUGUGGAACAUGUCCUCAGAAGACAACCUCCACAACUUGACCUGUGAGGCGGAGAACCGGGCCGGGCCUGGGGAUGAGAAAGUGACGUUGGACAUUGAAUUUCCAGCCAAAAUCAUAUUCCUGCACAACGCCGAGCAACAGCACCACUGGUGUUUCCCCUUUAAGGUGGACGGGAACCCUGAGCCAUCCAUCCGCUGGCUUUUCAACGGCUCCAACCUGACCGAGGGCCGUUACACCUACACACAGUUCAUUCCCGACUCGGACGACGGCUCUGUGAAGCACGGUUGUCUAUUCCUCAACAAGCCCACCCACCUGAACAACGGCCUCUACACCAUCAUCGUGGGGAACAGACUGGGCGUGGACCAAGCCACGGCCACGGGGAUGUUCAUGGACAACCCCUUUGACCCCUUUGAUCCUGAGGGCAUCAUCCCAGUCCUUGAAGAAAGUGAUCCACUUCCCACCAACAAAUCUAAUGAGGAUGUCACUGAGAACCUGGAGAGCAGAGUGUUUGGGGUGUCGGUGGCAGUGGGUCUGGCUGUGUUUGCUUGCACCUUCCUCCUCAUUAUGGUACUGGUCAUCAACAAGUGUGGCCAGCAGUCCAAGUUUGGUAUUCACCGUUCAUCUGUCUUGGGAACAGAGGAUGAUCUUGCUGUUUCACUGCGUUUCAUGAACUUAGGGGCGAGCCCUCCUUCCUCUGAUGACUCUGGGAUGUCCAGCUUUGUGGAGAACCCCCAGUACUUCUGUGGCAUUUUCAAAGACAAAGACAUGUGUGUGCAGCACAUCAAAAGACAGGACAUAGUUCUGAAGUGGGAACUGGGUGAGGGGGCGUUUGGCAAAGUCUACCUGGCAGAGUGUGCCAACCUCAGUCCGGACAGUGACAAAAUGCUGGUGGCCAUCAAGACUCUGAAGGAUGCCAACGAGUCGACCCGGCAGGACUUCCAGAGAGAGGCUGAGCUGCUCACAGUCCUCCAGCACCAGAACAUCGUUCGCUUCUAUGGAGUGUGUACAGAUGGCGAGCCACUGGCGAUGGUGUUUGAAUACAUGAGACAUGGAGACCUCAACCGCUUCCUCAGGGCGCAUGGUCCAGACGCCCAUAUCCUGGAGGAGGUGAAGAUGCCCCCGCUGGGCCAGCUCACUCUACCCCAGAUGCUGAACAUCGCCGCCCAGAUCGCCUCAGGCAUGGUCUACCUGGCCUCCCUUCACUUUGUGCACCGGGACCUGGCCACACGAAACUGCCUGGUGGGAGAUAUGGGAGAGGGUCUGAUGGUCAAGAUAGGAGACUUUGGCAUGUCCCGGGACAUCUACAGCACAGACUACUACAGGGUAAAGGUGGGUGGGCGUACGAUGCUUCCUAUUCGCUGGAUGCCCCCGGAAAGCAUCAUGUACAGGAAGUUCACCACGGAGAGUGAUAUCUGGAGCUUUGGAGUGGUCCUCUGGGAGAUCUUCACCUAUGGGAAACAGCCCUGGUACCAGCUCUCCAACAGCGAGGCUAUCGAGUGCAUUACACAGGGCCGGGAGCUGGAGAGACCACGCACUUGCCCCAAGGAGGUACACGGCCUGAUGCAGGGCUGCUGGCAGAGGGAGCCCCAGCAGAGACUGGUCAUCAAGGACAUCCACAGCCGCCUCCUGGCCCUGGUUAAGAGCCCCCCUAUCUAUCUGGACAUCCUGGGGUAGAGGCUAGGAGUUCUGUGGCUGAGGCUGGGGCAGUGUCCAGGCAAGGGGAAGAAGGGGAACUUACGGUCAGGAAUGACGGGUAUUGGGAAGGGGUGGAAGUCAGGUAAAGGACUGUGCUAUGGCAAUCCUGAACCUAAGCAUUGCUGUCAUUUACGUCUAUGGAUCUUAACCACACCGACACCCCCUCUGUUUGGAUAUUUGGUCAGGUUGGACUUUGCUAGGAUCUGUUCUGAUAGGGACCAUUGGGUUGGGAAGGGAGUAAGGUGAAGUUGCUUCUAGACGCUGAUAUUGGGUAUUUUUUUGGCCACUAAUGGUUACAGAUAGGAUUGGGGGAGGGGAAGCUGAUCCCAGAUCUGUACCUCAGAGAAACUUUACCCUGGAGCGAUGGGAAGACUAUGGGGAUGGGGGUUACUUCCUGGUCCAUGCUGCUUCAGCUCGCCUCGUCUCAUGACGACCCAGCCCCAACUCUGUUUGCCGCUGGCUGGGAGCGGGUGGAAGAAGAUGAGCCAGCGAAGACCUGUGUUUACUGUGAGUGUUUUACUGUGUAACUGAAGGGGUGUCGUCCUGAUGAACGGUUUUGCAUGAUUGGAGAAAUCCAGACUGUACAGUGCCUUUGGGAAUGUAUUCAGCCCCCUUGACUUUUUCCACAUGUUACAUUACAGCCUUAUUCUAAAAUGUAUUAAAUAGUCCCUCAGUCUACACACAAUACCCCAUAAUGACAAAGCAAAAAUAGGUUUUC